ACCUCCCGUUUGUCAUUUAAACUUUUAGCUGGAUCCUGACAAAUAUGAGAAUGAUCUAGAAUUGGAAAAGAUCCGGAGGGAGAGAAACUACUCCUGGAUGGACAUCAUAACCAUCUGCGAGGAGAAGCUGCCGGAUUACGAGGAAAAGAUCAAAAUGUUUUACGAGGAACAUCUGCACUUGGACGAUGAGAUCCGCUACGUGCUGGAUGGCAGCGGGUACUUCGACGUGAGAGAUGACGAGGACAGGUGGAUUCGCAUCUUCGUAGAGAAGGGGGACCUGAUCACUCUGCCCGCAGGGAUCUACCACCGCUUCACGGUGGACGAGCAGAACUACGUGAAGGCCAUGCGGCUGUUUGUGGGACAACCAGUGUGGACGGCGUACAACCGGCCAGCUGACCAUCUCGAGGCUCGGAAGCAGUACUUGACGUUUCUGGCGCAGUCGGCCUAGCGGUGCUCCUGGGGCCCCUUCACCCGUGACGGUCCCAGGCACGAGGACGUCAGAAAAUCUGUCCUGUUGUCCUUACUUUUAUGUUGUAGAUUCGAGGCUGGGUGAACUUCGCUUUGCAAAAUUAUUUGAUCAGAAUAUGUUUUAAUGAAAGGAGCUAGAAAACCGAGUGUCAUGUGGAA